AUGGCUUCCCAACAAGACUCGGCUCCACCAGCUGGAUUCAAUAUUGGACACCGUCACUCGCUGACCAUCGAGACCAACCCGCUCCACUUGUUGCCUUCCAAUAUGCGACGCUUCUCGCAAGCUGACACCGCCCGUCACCCAGCGGCUCCACUGCUCUCAAAACUCGCCGCCGCCCGUCAACAAAUUCCAGAAUCGGUAUCGGAGAAGAAGGACGAGGAGAAGGCGGAGAAGAAGUGA